GGUUCGUCUACCAAACCCUUUCAAAACAACUCCCCUUCUCACGUUAUAUCAUUUUCUACCCUUCUCUCUCUCACCUACUCCUCUGUCUUCCCGUUUUGCCCCUCUUUUAUUCUCCCUCUCUUCCCCCAAUCUGCAUCGAUAUCAAGCCCCUUCUCAAUUCCAGCUCCGCAAUGUCGAGUUUAGAGGAACCGCUUGCUCUUGACAAGAUGCCCAAUUUGAACGGAAUUGGUAGGCUUGAAAGGUUCUCCUCUAGUGUUUGCAGGCCUAGAGUUGAUGAAGCAGAAAUGGGAAAUUGCUUGAUUGAAGGAAGAAGUUGCAGCUCUUCCAACAGUUGCAAUGAAGAAUACACAAGAGAGACAUUUGCAUGGAGAAGACAAACAAGGGACAUGUUCCGAGGAGACCCAUUAAGUCCAAGGACCACGUGCCUUGGUAGGAGUCAAAGGGUUUUUGACAAUGUUUGUGAUUCAUUGUAUGUGCAGGAAUGUCACUAUAGCACAUGCAAUGACAAGGACAUAAGAAAUCUGACAAAUAAGUUUUUAAGAGGUAUACCAAGGUUUGUAAAGAUUGUGGAAGUUGGACCUAGAGAUGGAUUGCAAAAUGAGAAGAAUAUUGUACCUACGGCUGUAAAGAUAGAAUUGAUCCAAAGGCUGGUUUCUGCUGGAUUGGCUGUUAUUGAGGCUACAAGCUUUGUCUCACCAAAAUGGGUGCCACAGCUAGCAGAUGCAAAGGAUGUGAUGGGAACAAUUCGGAAUGUGGAGGGCGUGAGGUUUCCUGUGUUAACACCUAACCUUAAAGGUUUUGAAGCUGCAGUUGCAGCUGGUGCCAAGGAAGUUGCUGUAUUUGCGUCAGCUUCUGAGUCCUUUUCAAAGUCUAACAUUAAUUGCAGUAUUGAGGAUAGCCUCGCUCGUUAUCGUGAUGUUGCUGCUGCUGCCAGAAAACACUCCAUUCCUGUUCGUGGCUAUGUCUCGUGUGUUGUCGGAUGUCCUGUCGAAGGAGUAGUUCCUCCAUCGAAAGUUGCAUACGUGGCUAAAGAGCUUUACGAUAUGGGCUGCUUCGAAAUCUCCCUUGCUGAUACUAUUGGUGUGGGUACUCCUGGCACUGUUAUCCCGAUGCUCGAAGCAGUGAUGGAUGUUGUCCCGGUUGAGAAGCUUGCUGUCCAUUUUCAUGACACAUAUGGGCAAUCUCUUGCAAAUAUUCUCGUCUCCCUCCAAAUGGGAAUCAGCACGGUGGAUUCGUCUGUUUCUGGCCUUGGCGGAUGCCCGUACGCCAAGGGCGCCUCCGGCAAUGUCGCUAGUGAGGAUGUCGUGUAUAUGCUUCACGGGCUCGGCAUAAAGACCAAUGUUGAUCUCAGCAAGCUCAUGUCAGCUGGAGAGUUCAUCUGCAAGCAUCUGGGCUGCCAGUCUGGUUCAAAGACCACUGUUGCUUUGGGCAAAAAUCAAAGCAGAUGCCCCCAAGAUGUAAAGCUAAUGUGAGUCGAUCAUCACCCUUCAUUUCAUUAGACUCAUGAAAGAGCGUCUACUAUUGUUAUAAACACGUUGAUGAAUGACUUAGCUAUCCCUUUGGCUAGCUAAUGAAUUUUGUCACUAAUAUAUUUCACGGAAAUAUGAAUAAAAUGAUCCUACAGUUCCUGAUA